CGCUUUUCUCCGUCUGCCCAAUUCUCACGAUACCACAAGUUACCGGUUUCGCCAAACCAACCCCACCACCACCACCAAUACAAAUACCCCACCCUCCGUCACCACAACCCAUCCCCCCCACGUUUUUCGACAUGCUCGCGAGGUCUUCCAUCGCACGGGGCCUUCCCCAAUGCUGCGCCAAAGCCGCUCCCUCGGCCCGCCGGGGUAUGGCUGCCGCCGCAAACCCUUUCCACUACUCGGUCGGCAAUGCGGGCGGCGUUAAGGUCGCAUCCCGGGACGACGGUGGACCAACUACAUCCCUUGCCGUUGUUGUGCGGGGUGGAAGCAGAUACGAGUCGUCGCCAGGUCUCGCCCACGGAUUGGCAUCCUUCGCAUUCAAGAACACCACAAAACGCUCGGCACUGCGCCUGCAGCGAGAGUCGGAGUUGCUCGGAGGGUCCUUUGGCUCGACCUUGUCCCGCGAGAACAUCGUCCUGAGGGCGAAGUUCCUCCGUGACGACCUCCCAUACUUCGUUGAAGCUCUCGGAGAGGUGAUGAGCAAGACCAAGUACAUCCACUAUGAAUUCCAGGAAGAGGUCGGUCCUAUCAUGAUUACCGAACUCAGCAAAUACUCGCACAACCCCGCGGAUGUCGCCCUCGAGCACGCCCACAACGUCGCCUUCCACUCCGGACUCGGUGGUCACCGUCUCGCGAUGAGCAACAAGUUCUCUUCCUCGCUCAUCCCUUCAUACGCCCAGCAGGUGUACCAGAAGGGCAACAUCGCCGUCGUUGCUUCUGGUGCCGCCCAGGCCGAGCUCGAGAAGUGGACCGGCCAGUUCUUCACUGAUCUGACUGAGGGUUCCGGUCUCCCCUCAAACGUCACCAAGUACUACGGUGGUGAGAACCGCAUCUACAACGAUCAUGGUGAUGCCAUCGUUAUCGCCUUCCCCGGAUCGCAGGGUGGUCCCAACUUCAAGGCCGAGUUCAGCGUACUCGCCUACCUCCUUGGUGGUGAGUCGUCCACCAAGUGGAACCACGGCACCAGCGCCCUGUCCCAGGCCGUCUCUCAGAUGGCCGGUGUCAAGGCCAUUGCCAAGCACGUCGCCUACUCGGAUGCUGGCUUGCUGUCCAUCACCGUCACCGGUCCCCAGACCGCUCUUCACCAGGCUGGCGCAGAGGUCGUCAAGGCCAUCAAAAGUCUCGCUUCCGUGAAGCCCGAGGACGUCAAGAAGGCCAUCGCGCAGGCCAAGUUCGAUGUCCUGGCUGCUGCUGAGGACCGGUCCGUCGGUCUGGAGCUCAUCGGCCAGAGCGUCAUUGCCUCUGGCAAGGCUCCUCAGGUUGAGGGUGUCAUCAAGGCUUUGGAGGGUGUUACCGUUGACACCGUCAAGAGCGCCGCGAAGAAGCUUCUGGACGGCAAGGCCACAUACACCGCCGUUGGAGACCUGCAUUACCUCCCCUUCGCUGCGGACAUCGGCCUGCAGGUGUAAAUGACUGCAUGGCGAGGGAGGACGGGGAGGGGUUGUUAGACUACUAUUGGAUAGCGUGUCAUGAUAGCGGAAAAGGCGGUGCAAAAAGCAAUAGAGCUGGGGGUGUGUCAGAGACCAUGUAAAGAAGCCCUUAUGUUUGUUGUUUAUCUGAUACAUACGCUCGACUUAAUCGUAACCUCGUCAACACGCUGCACAGAGGAGUAUCAAUGAACAAAGAAUUGCACCUCAU